AUGACGGGGUCUCGAGUAGUCUUCGACGGCUUGUGGCGCUGCCUCUGCCCCUCCGUCGACACGCAAGCUGCCGCUAGGCUUCUCAAUUCACAGAUUGUCCCCGGGAAAUCGCUUGCGACGCGCCAGCGAAGGCACCUCGUCCCGUUCGCCCGCCAUCCCGCUGUUCGCACACAAUGUCGACGACACACGACCGCCGCCCCUUCUGCCGUGCGUGCAGAAGGGAACUUGAAGUUACAUGAUAGCGACGAACCAGUACAAGCCAGUGCAGCUCAACAAACGUCAGACCCCGAACCUGUGGACGAUAACCUCCCCGACCCAAACGAGCAGCUCCGAGCAGCCCCGCUGCCUGCCAUCCUCGAUGCGCUGCAGGUCCUUCGGGGCCAGCCCAGGAGCUUUAAGAAAGUCGCAACGAUCAUCACAUAUUUGGUGAGGGCUAGAGGUAUUGAGAUGAGUCCGAACCUCUACGAGGACCUGAUCGUUGCUGCGGCCGAUGUUCAAGGAUCGGCAGCGUUUCUAGCACAGCUAUUCGCGGAGAUGAAGCGACUGCAGUUUACAACAACACCUUCAAUCUCUCAUGCCGCGCUGGCUGCCCUUGCGGUACACCCCGACUACCUACUUCGAAACGAGAUCCUUGCUGCCAUGAAGCAGUCAUGGACCGAAGUCGAUGCCUCGGGACAGGGCCACGUUGCCCUCGGGCUACUCCGCGACGGACAGAUCGAGCUUGCUUUCGACGCGCUGGAAACCAUCAUCCACAAGCAGGUGCCCAUCGCUUCAUGGGUCUACGACGUCUUCAUAUUCACGCUCGCUCAGCACGGCUUCAUAGAUGAGGCGAUUAAAUUGGCGCACAGCAAGGUCCAUUCUUCCGAUAGUGAGACCGACAUUGCUUUGUGGUAUAUGCUGCUUGACAGUUGCGCCGAGGCAUAUCACUACGAGGGCACGCGAUACAUAUGGGGCAGGAUGCUGGAGAAGGACAGAGAGCAGCUUUCGGACGGCGUUUUGCUCAACAUUAUCAACACGGCGGCCAGACAGCAUGACUUUCAACUUGCCACAGGGGCAGCUCAUUUGGUCACACAGAGAGGCGGAAAACUUGUUGCGCACCAUUACGAGGCCCUGCUCGAAUGCUACGGCGGUGUCGGAGACAUUGCGAGCGCAUUGCGGGUCCUAUGCAUCAUGUUCAAGGCCAUCUCCGUCGCGCCUUACGCCAGCACCCGUCCGAUCUAUCAGAGAAUCAAGAAAGAACCAGAGAGCAUCGACCCGGCUCUAAAGACUCUGACUGAACUUGUCCGCAACUACAAAGUCCCCAUUGCCGCGCUCAAUGUCAUCAUUGAGGCUGCCGUGGAAACACACGGCUACGCAAAGGCAUUGGAGAUUUACCAGAAUGCGCACAAGUACACUGAGGCCACCCCCAAUCAUGUCACCAUCCGUUACGUUCUACAAGCGUGCGAGGACACUGAAGCUCUCAAGGCUUUGGUGGCGGAGAACCCGGAGUUGGCCUUGAAAGGUGACAGAACAGUUUUUGCGAGGGUCGUGUACGAGUACGCCGUGGCUGGGGAGUUGGACCUCGCGUACAAAUGCGUCAAGCUAUUUGGUGAAGCUCCUGCGCCGGCUGAAGGCCAGCAGCCCGAACAGUCCACUUUUUGGAUAAACAGGAAAACGCUGCUCACCCUCGUCAGGAAGUCCCUCGACGCCCAGGAUGAGCGCGUAUGGUGGUUGGUCGAGCAGGCCGAGAGGCGGAAUAUGGACGUCCAGUCGGGCUUAUCGAAGCUGAUGGCAUCCGUUGCCGAUGAGAUCAAGAGAAGUUCGGGGUUGGGCCAAGAGGGCCCCGAUAUGAGACAUCGCUCUCCGUUCUAG